AUGCAACUUUCAAUAGCAACUCUCGCCUCCCUGGCAUCCAGCGCAUCCGCCGCCCGCUUCCUCCUCCAAAUCCCCACCACCGGGCUCCUAAACCCCUCAACCCUCCCGUCCACAACGCACGCAACCCUUCAAUCCAGCGGCGAACCUCUCGACGCCUACCUCACGCGCUCCAACACGUUCAAUUUCGCCAAUGUCAGCGAGGGCUCGUAUCUCGCGACCGUGCAUUGCCGCGACUACAUCUUCGAGCCGCUGCGCAUCGAUGUCAGCCUCGAGGAGGCCGUUGAGGGAAGCGGCGAGAAGAAAGAGGUCGUGAAGGCGUGGCAGACGUUUUUGGGGAAUGAGUGGGAUAACAAGGGUGAGAGCAGGGGUGAAGGCGGGAACGGGCUGGUGAUUGAGGCCAGGGUGGUUGGGACCAAGUUCUACUACCAAGAGCGCGGUGGAUUCUCGCCAUUGUCUUUCUUGAAGAACCCCAUGAUCCUCAUGGCAGUCGUGUCUAUGGGUCUGAUGUUCGGAAUGCCCAAGCUCAUGGAGAACAUGGACCCGGAAAUGAAGCAGGAAUUCGAGGAGAUGCAGAAGAAUGGCGUCCUCGGAUCAGGUACCACAAACACUGCCCAGCAGCUCCAGAACUUCGAUCUCGCGUCUUGGAUGGCUGGCAAGACCGACUCUGGCAGUGCGAGCACUGCUCGUGCGCCGAAGCAGGAGGGUCAGGCUAAGCUGCGGUAG